AGGAGGAGGCGAAGAAGAGGGGAGCAGUGGACGUGAGUAUCGUGAUGCCGAUGUUCAACGCGUCCUGCUGGCUGGAUGAGUGUCUGCAGGCCGUGUUGGACCAGGACUUCUCUGGGACGAUGGAGCUCUCCGUGUUCGACGACGCCAGCACCGACGGCUCCAGGCAGCAGGUGGAGGGCUGGAGGUCGAGGCUGGAGGCUAAAGGCGUCUCACUGGUGAUCUCAGGCCACAACGCUGCCCGGCCCAGAGGAGUGGGAUAUGCUAAGAAUAAGGCCGUAUCCCAGAGCUGUGGACAAUACUUGUGCUUUCAAGAUGCGGAUGAUGUCAUGUUGCCCCAAAGAGUCUCUCUGCAGUACGAAGCGUCUCUCCUCCACCCCAACGCUCUGAUUGGCUGCAGAGUUCGGAGGGAUCCAGAAGGAUCUACGGAGCGUUACACCCGCUGGAUCAACACGAUCUCUCAGGAUCAGCUGCUCACACAGGUCUACACGUCUCACGGGCCCACAGUCAUCAUGCCCACAUGGUUCUGCUCCAGAGACUGGUACCUGAAGACUGGACCCUUCGAUGAGGGGGGCAAGGGAGUCCCGGAGGACUUGCUCUUCUUCUACCAGAGUCUCCGUCGGGGAGGGGGCGUGGCCAGGGUGGACCAGUGUCUGCUGGUGUACCGUUACCACGAGAACGCCACCACGCACUCUGUCACCGAGGAAACCAUUUGGAAGCUGCGGGUGGACUUCCUGCAGGAGCGAGUCCUCAGCCAAUGGGAGAGCUUCACCAUAUGGAACGCCGGAAAACAGGGCCGGAAGCUGUACCGGAGCCUGAGCCCGACCAAUCAGAAGAAGGUGAAGGCUUUCUGUGACGUCGAUGACAACAAGAUCCAGAAAGGCUUCUACACGUAUGAGGAGUCACAGCAGAGACCCAAGCCAACGGUCCCCGUCCUGCACUACAGGGACGCUGCGUCCCCGUUCAUCAUCUGUGUUAAACUGGACAUGACGGGAGGCGUUCUGGAGGAGAACCUGGACUCUCUGCAGCUGAAGGAAGGAACAGAUUACUACCAUUUCAACUGACAAGUGACGAGACCAGAGGAGCUUUAACCACUGGAGAGGAAAGAACAGGAAGUUAAGGAGAAUAAGGUGAUAACAGGAGAACACUGGGACAGAGUCACUGACAACACCAGGACAGAAAGAGAACGCUCUCAUGUAUUUUAGUAUUAAAAGAGAGAGAGAAGGAGUGUUGAGAGUGUUGCUGAUCAGGAUCAGGACGUCCCAGCCUGUUUCACAGCUCCGAGGUCCUUAUUGUUGUUAGAUGAGAAACUGAAACCUCUCUGAUAUCUGCAGCUACAGCCAGGAUACACUUAGCUUAGCUGAGCUAAUACUCUGGAAGGAAAGGUUAACAGCUAACCUGGCUGUCCUAAAGGAACUAACUCUGCCUACGAGAGACUCCUAAAGAGGACCUAUUAUGCUUUUCCUUGUUUUCUGUCAUAUAAAUAAUGUUACAGUGUCAGGUGUUCAAAUUACAUGUUGCCAAAGUUUCAAAUGUUGCAAUAAUAAACUGCAGGUUCACAUAACCCCUAAAUGUUUCACAAUGUUUCUUGGUUGAGAACAGUUAAUCCGAGUUAUUGAUUUAUCAAAAACAAACUAGAUGAAACUUUGUAAUUAAUCAGAUUUAGACGUGCUGGUAGACAGAAUGUGGCUAACCUCCGUAUAUAUAUAUAUAUAUA